GUACUGAAUACAGAAUGCCUACUCCUUAUAGAAAGUACAUUAGAGCUAAUAUGAAGACAAUAUUAAAAAGUUUACGCAAAAAAAGUGUUUGUGCAUUUCUACCAUUAUCUGUACUUGGGUAUUACAGUCUCAACAUUUUAUACAUACUUCCACACUUGUGCGAAUCUUACCUAUCGAUUUGGUACAUUAUUCACGUUCUACCUAUAACAUUUAUGGUGUUUAAUAUUUUGACAAAUUACUACGCAAUGAUUUUUGUCGAUUCGUCAGUCUUUGGCCGUGUACUUCAUACACCGCACAACGCAAUAACAAGUUCGACGUAUUGUGACGUUUGUCAGUGCAUUAUGCCUCCAAGGUGUUGGCACUGUGAAGAAUGUAAUGUCUGUAUACUAACCAGAGAUCACCACUGCAUGUUUAGUCAGACUUGUGUUGGCCACUACAACCGUCGGUAUUUUUUGUGGCUUUUGGUUUACUUAGUCGUGAGCUGCUGGUAUGAAAUUAUUUUGCUCGGAUUCUAUUCUUACAAUGAAGUUACUUUCCAACUAUCAGACUUACAGAUUUUGUCUCCAUCAAGAGUGUUGAUAAUAUAUCAUAGUAUUACCAAAGGCCAAGUAUUCGUUUUUCUUCUAACAGUAAACAUGGCGUCCGUUUUAUUUACAACACUUUUAUUGAUAUUCCACCUGGAAAAAGUAAGCGGUGGUUUAGUAGCUCAUGACAAAAACUCUGAAAGAAAGUACAAUAUCGGUAUGAUUGGCAACUUGAAAACAGUUUUUGGACGACAGUGGUUUAUGACUUGGAUAUCACCAUUUGUAGAAUCAAACUUACCUCAUGACGGAUUAAACUGGGACAUUUUAACAGAACGGAAUAAAUUACUUUAAUCUAACUUUUUAUUUUAGGAUUUAAUUACAUCUUUCCUUUACAUUCAAAGAAUCUGUGAUGAAAAAUAAAUUAUUUUAUCUAGAUGUAAAUUUAAAGACUGUUACUUUUUUUUUAACAAAUUAAUUUUUGUUGAAUAUUUUCAAAGCACGAAUGCUUUAUAUCAACUUGUGUAUUGUUUUCGUUCAA